UGUCCUGUGUGGUUAAGCAGAGUUUUGUCAGAGGAGAAAGACAUUCCAUGCGCUUGUUACACAGGACUCCAAUAGUGGCUGCUUUGCUCACUUGUGUGCAGGAGAUUUCAAGGACUUAACAGGGAGUAAGAAGUGCCUACAGCAGAUAUCGGAAGUGUCAUUUGUCUACUUAUGGACUAGAGAGCCAACAUGUGCAAAGCCUAGCCUGUGACAGCCACAAGGAGGAUCACAAGAUAGGAUUUUGCCUCUGGUGUCUCUAUGUUCUCUAUUUUUUUUUUUUUUUUUGGAAACAAUACAUCCAGCUCCAUUGAAGUGAUCCUGGGAGAAUACAAGCCCUUUACUAGGCCUCACACAAAGCUGUUGCAUCGCAAGUGAAGAGGGACCACUCCUCUGUAGGACACCUACUCUACCUGGACUCACUUCGUGGCAUUUCUUUUUUUUUUUUUUUUUUUUUUAACUUGGAAGUGAGACAUUGUCUCAAAGGGCUCGGAUGCAUUUGUCAAUGGAUACCUUGGGAAUAGUGGAUGAUGGUUGCCUGGACAACUAUGACAUGGCCAAAGGUGCAGGGUCGAGUGGCGGAGGCAGGGUCCACAGCAUCGAUGUCAUACUGGGAUUCAGUAAAGACCAGGACCCAUUACUCCAACCAGUAGGAGAUGAUGACAAUCACAAGGCCAAUGGAGAAAAUCCAGAGGACUCGGAGAAGCAGGUCCCUUCAGACCCGUACGGACACCUUCCAGUAUUGGGUGACAGCUCACAACACUCUUCCUUCCACGAAUCAGACCUUUUCUCCAGUGACAAGUGUGAUGGGGAAAUAAGCAACCUGCAGAAGGAGGUGGAUGAUGCAGAGGCGUCUCCAGAGCCCGAUAAAGAGGAAGACCACCCGAAGAAGAAGCACAGGAGGAACCGCACCACCUUCACAACAUAUCAGCUCCAUGAGCUGGAGCGGGCCUUUGAGAAGUCCCAUUACCCAGACGUGUACAGCCGCGAGGAGCUGGCCAUGAAGGUCAACCUGCCAGAGGUCCGAGUUCAGGUUUGGUUCCAAAACCGCAGGGCCAAGUGGCGGCGUCAGGAGAAGAUGGACACCAGCACUAUGAAGCUCCACGAUUCCCCCAUGCUGUCCUUCAACCGCCCUCCUAUGCCGUCCAGCGUGGGACCGAUGACCAACCCGAUGCCCCUGGAUCCCUGGCUCACCUCGCCCAUCUCUAGUGCCACACCCAUGCACACCAUCCCAGGGUUCAUGGGCUCGCCUCAAAGCCUGCAACCCGCCUAUCCCAGCCACAGCUUCCUCAACACCCCCCCUGGCAUGGUCCAGGGCAUGCAGUCCAUGGCCCCUCCCCCCUACCAGUGCCCACCCAGCUUCAACGACAAGUACCCCAUGGAGGACGAGAGGAGUUCCAGCAUCGCAGCACUCAGGAUGAAGGCCAAAGAGCACAUUCAGUCAAUGGAUAAAACCUGGCAACACAUGUGAUCCGAUAGAAAACGCUCGGGAUUGAUUUGAAGCUGCUCCAGUGAAUGUUUACAAACUGCUUUUUCACCGAUGGUUUCGUGUUGCAGUGGAGAGGACACGUGGCACCAAAGGAGUAGGAGAGUAAAAUAAGUUUGGAGUAAGAAUAAUGAGCAACUCUAAAAAUUUGGCUUUUUUUUUUAUUCACUUUAAUUAUGAAUUUUGAAUGAACAAUCUAUCAGUUCGGAGGAGAAAAUGAUCAAAAAUGUAAAUGACUGUUAUUAGAUUUUUUUUUUUUUUUUUUUUUAGACCUGGGUGGGAAACAUUAUUCCAGUGUCAUAUCUGACUUUAUGUUUAUGAGUUGCUAUGCUGUUUUGGAACAUUUGCUUUUGAUUGAGGAAGAGACAAUUCUCUGCGGAUAUUUUGACUGACACUGGCAACUUUAUUUCUGAAUUUGGGACAACAGUUUUGACAGUAUUAGUAGUUGAAAAGAAACAAAUAUGUACAUGUAAAUGUGUUGUCUUGACUGCAAAUAUGUUCUAGAUUUUUUUUUUGUGGGUGACAGUUUUUUUUUUUUUUUUUUUUUGUUUUUUUUUUUCUAAUCCUAGCACUAAUCUUAGCUCCCUAUACCUUGGCUUUCCUGUCAGAUUUGGCUGUUUCCUUGAAGUGGCCACUUUGUAAUGAGGGAUGAUUAACACUGUGCUAGUCAGGGGAAUUUAUUUAGGCUUCCUGACAGGCGCUUUGAUGGGGUUUUGCUGGCAAAUGCCUCCAUGCUUUUUCCUCCUCUGAAAUAGGCAUUUUUUAUUUCAUAAUUUGUUCUUUUUGAGAGAGGUUUUCCUACAUCAUGCUACCUGUAUGUCUGUUGGGUUGGGUUUUCUCUUGGUCCAGUAUUAAUAAGCACUCAUGAUGGGUGUUUUUUUUUUUUUUUUUUUUUUUAUAAAACACCUUGAAGCCACUUCGAAACUCCAAACGGACACACUCAUGAUUAUUUUAGCACCACCUCUUUAGUUUGAUUUUAAUUUGGAUGUAAAGGGAACAUAAAUGUUUUAUAGGUCAGAGAUUUCAUCAUGAAAAUGCCCCUUUAGAGAGCACAGAUUUUGACCUGAAGGGGGAGGUUUCAGGAAGUCACAGAGUGUAAUCUGGCCUAGAGGCUAAUUUGAGCAGACAAGCAUACCUCUUAACACCUAAUUACUACUUUUAAAGCGAUUAACCCUAGGCUCUCGGCAAAAGACCGAACGCCCUGAAAUGCCCCCCAAAAAUCUUUUCAAGAACUGUAAACUUCCCCUUAAACGUACCCCUUUAUGUUCUUUCCGAUGUAUUGAUACGGCACAACACAGGGAUGUUGCUGCUUUUUAUGCACUGUACUAAUCCUCAUAUCCUUCUUAGUGGAGGAUGGUCCUCGCUGCAUUGUUGACAAAAUGCUGACCUUAGUCAGGUGGAUUUAGAAUGAGGGAGUUAACGGGUGCUGGCAACCUCUCUUACCUCUUGGAAGUAGCACUGGUUGCUGUAGAAAAUGAGUCAUAACUAUUUUCCAGGGGAUUACACCACACCAACUUUGCUCAUCGUGUGUGUGUGUGCGCAUGUGUGUGUGUGUGUGUGUGUGUGUGGUGUAUGCGUGGAGCCAAUGCAGAGGAGCGCCGCCUCUUUCUGUCUGUAGUGGUUCAGAGAAAACACAUAGAACAUAAACAACAUGGAUCCCUCAUAUAAAGUGCUUUUGUGAAUUUGAUGGGACAACAAGUACAAGAUGAAAUGAUCACUUUAAACAUUCUGACACCCAUAUUAAAGGCAUUAAGGGAAGAGCCCUUACAAUAUUUUACCCAUUGCUUUCCAUUGUUUCUCAAGAAUAGUAUGUGAUUAGUUUAGGGUUAAUUAACACCUAUGAAAAAGCGAUGAUGGAGUUUAUCGGCAACUUUGAGGCAGCAGAGAUUGGGCAAAUCUGGGGACUGGGAUAAAUCCACUGUGGAUAAUGUAACGAGGCCUCAUCAUCCGCAAUAUUUUUCAUCUACACUGAUUCCAACAGGUUUCUGUAUAUUAUGGCCUUUAGGAAUGGCAGCACCCACAAUGUGUUGUUUUUAUAGGUUUUGUUGUUUGUUUUGUUGUUAUAAUCCCUGUUUCAAACAGUGGACCAAAAAGCCAAAGAAACUGAAAAAGAACUUUUUUUUUUGGACUAGAAGACACAUUUAUAAAGGUAACAAUGAUGUUGUUUAUUAUGUUUAAUUAUUUGCUCUGCAGUUCUCCAUAUCACCUGCAUAUUGAUUUCUACUCAUUUGAGUCUCUAGCAUUUGACUUUCAUGUUCCAUGUGCAAAAACAAAAUAAAGAUACGGUAGGCCUACUGCAGAAACA